GGCCCAUGUCAAUUGCAGCUCGCGGGCCCUUCAAAGUUUAAGCCAUAAACCCCGGGACGAGGGCGGCUACGCUUCUCUCUCUCUCCCCUCUUUGCCUCGCCGCAACCGCGCCCGCCUCCUCGUCGCCGACUAGGGUUCCGGCGACACAACCGCUCGCGUCCUCAGGACACAUAAUGUCUCGAUACAAUGACCGAUAUGACCAUAACAACCGAUAUGAUCGUCAUGGUCGACAUGGAAGUAACACCAAGUUGUACGUGGGCCAAAUUUCUCCAUAUACCCGGACACAGGAUCUUGAGGACAUUUUCAGAAAAUAUGGGAGAUUGCGCAAUGUGGAUAUGAAGAGGGAGUUUGGCUUCGUUGAGUUUACUGAUCCUCGGGAUGCAGAUGAUGCAAGACAUGACCUUGAUGGCCGGAUAUUUGAUGGGAGUCACCUCAUUGUUGAAUUUGCUAGAGGGGCCCAACGUGGUCCAGGAGGUGUUCCUCUAGAUGGCAAAGGACCAUCUUUUCCUGGCCGCUGUUAUAACUGUGGAAUGGAUGGGCACUGGGUUCGUGAUUGCAAAGCUGGUGAUUGGCGAGAUAAGUGCUUUCGGUGUGGAGAACUGGGCCAUAUAGAAAGAAACUGCAAGAACAGUUCUAAGGAUCUGAAGCGUGGGAGGAGCUACUUGAGGUCUGCAUCUCCUCACCAUGGGAAGGGCCGAGGGAGAAGCUACUCAAGGUCUCUAUCUCCUUACCUUGGAAGGGGCCGAGGGAGAAGCUACUCGAGGUCUCCAUCUCAUUAUCAUCGCAGGGGCAGAAGCUGGAGUUACAGUCGGUCGCACUCGCCAAGGAACAACUCUAAGGCUUAUGGUGAAGAAUUGCCAUCAACUAGAUCUGGUUAUAGCCGCGGCCCCAGGAGGAGCUCCCCACCGAUGGAGCGAGCUGAAUGCAAUGGUGGUAGCCCCAUGAGAGGUGAAGCUCGGGGGAAGUGACAGCGACCUAUAAAAUCACUCUGGGAUUGUAAAGUGUCAAACAUUUGUUCUGAACUUUUUGGUGACUAUGUGCUGAGACUGAACUUCGACACCAGAAGAAUGUUUAGCGGUGGGUUGUAAAUUCUCAGUAAAGCUCUCCUGAAUGUUGUUGGUUAUAUGCCGAGGCAUGUGACAUGAUGCCUGAAGAGUUUAGCGGAUUGGUGUUUGUGUAGAAUAUUGCCUCUGCUUACAAUCAGAGUCAACUAUGAAUUUAAGUUGAAUUUGUAGAAGUAUAAUGUCGUGUUCAACA